AUGGUGUCAUCCAGUCUGCUGAUCCGCGACAUCCACACAUUCAACCUGCCCUUCCACCCAGGUGUCCACGACUACUAUCUCAAGAUGGGCUUUGGCGCCUAUUGCAACGUUCGCGUCAUUGACAACACGUACGCGCUGAUACUGUCCGACAACCUGGUGGGGCACAUGCUAAAGAACAAGUCGAUAUCAUUCUACAACCCUGACUAUAUCAAGAAGGGCGUGUAUUAUAUAUCGACCACAUCAUCCACCAACAACUAA